CUCCCCCCGCGCCCUUCUCCCCUGCUCCGUCCCGCCGGCGCGGCGGCCCUCUCCUCCCUCCCCCUCCCUGGCUCGCCGCCCCUGGCCGGCUCCUCCCUCCGCCGCUCUCUCCCUCCGCCCCCUUCUUCUUUGCUCUGCCUCUCCGGUGGGCGAACUCGCGGUGGGCGCGCCCGGCGAGUGCGCGUCGGGGCCAUGGCGGAGGGUGCGCGGCACGCCUUCGCCAUGCGCCGCGGGUGCCCCGCUCCAGCCCCGCGCGCGCGCCUCCGCCGCGCGCCGCUGCUGCCCCGCUCCCGCUCGCGCCGGCCGCGGCGGAGCUAGCCCGCAUCGGCCAUGGUGAGCGAGCGGGGCGGCGACGGUCGAGCGGGGCGGCGGCGAGCACGCCGAGCUCCCUUCUAUGCCCCCACCCCCCGGCCGGCCGGCCCCGAUACGAGCCGCAGCCGCGCUUGCACCGGCCGGGCUCGGCGCGGCGGAGGCUCGGGCGCGGCGGGCGGCCGUGCACCUCCUCUUCGCCGGGCGACCUCCUCCCGCGUGCACCGCCGUCGGCCACCGGCUCGCCGCCGCGUCGCCGGCCACGGACCCCCUCCUCCCUCCGCCGCCGGCCACCUCCUCGCCGCGCCUCCAUGCGGCCUUCCUCCUCCGGCCGCGGGGCGGGACGUCGCGCGGCUGGCUGUGGCGGGACCGCGCGCACGCGAGUCCGCUGCGCGGCGGGGGACGGCGGCGGCUGUGGCAGGGGCGGCCGGCGAGCAAGCACGGCGUAGGAAGGUCUCCUCCCCCGCGCGGCCUCCCCUGCGCCCGCCCUCGAGCUCCACGGACGGCGCGCUCGCCACGAGGCCGCGCCGCCCCUCCGCCGCGCACGGGGAGGACACGAACGCACGGCGGGGUGGCGGCAAACCCACGGCAGGGCAGCGGAGGUGCAGCAGCAGACCCAAGGCGGGGCAACGGAGGCGCGGCGGCGGCGGCGCCCAGCAUGGCCGCGCGGGGAAUCAACGGCAGUAGAGCCGAGGUGGGCCAGCACGGAUACAGCGGUUCUCCGCUAUCCCGCUGAAAAUAGCGUGAACGGGGUCGCCCGCUGCAAGCGAUUUUACGCCAAAAGCGUACUGGAGGAGGGCGUCCAGUACGCCGGUGCGGAUAGCCUCAGAGCCUGAGACAUCCAGUCAUUCGGAGCCCAGACCUCUGUGGGGCUUUUUUAUUCUUUCUACUGCGUGGGCAGGCAAGAAAAGAAUAUGAUAUCUGUUUAACUUUAA